UUAGGUACGAAGUAAAUAAAACCGAACGGCUGAAGGGUACACCAAAUUUUCUUUUGUUUCAAUGAUGCAUUUAGCUGUUUGAUUUUGACAGACUGUUGCUAAAUUCUAGAGCAUAUUAUGAGCAACUUGCGAAAUUCUUCCCAAAAUGAGACAGACAUUAGAAAUAAUAACGAAGAACUCGAAGAGUUGAUUCGCAAUGCAAACGGAUCUAGUCCACACGGUCUAAGUUCAGCCGUUCAUUCCACAGUAGCGGCUGUCACAAGUAUUUUUAGAUGGUCACCACAACACAUUAGUAGAAAGCGGUCUGCAGAGUCGGAUCAGGACUCUCAAAGUUCCGGCAGUAUGAAUUCUGAUUCGCCAAGCAAAGCAGGCCUUUCCAAAUUUUCAUCUGCUCCCUACCUCCAAGCUAGAUAUGAAGAGAAAAAAGAUGAAUCAGUGGAGGCAGUUGAGUCAGCACCCAACUUUACCAGCGGCUUCACCAAUGGUGGAGAAGUGCGACAUCGUCAUAGUUUUAACAGUAACUAUGAUACACGUCGGACUUCUGACAGUAGUUUGAGAGAGACGGAACAGAAAUCCAGUGGCGACAGUGUGUCUUGGGGUAAAGGUGUAGGGGUCAGUCUUGACAAAACCGAUUCAAAGUCCUCAAAAUCACCGAUCCUAGGAGGGUCAGGCAUAUCCAGAGGCAAGUCGUCGUCGUUCCGAGAGUCAUCAAGUCCCAGCAAAACUCCCAGUAGAUUGGUGGAGAGGUCCGACUCGGGCAGCAGGAGCAGCACCGAGUUUGUGCGGUCUCAUUCAAGGGAACGCUCCUUUGAGAAGUCUCUGGAGAACAUCAUGGACAAGUGCUCCGAGAAGUCAUUGGACAUGAACGUCAGUCUGGAGUCAAAGAACGGAAUGGUCAGUGACAGCAGUCGUGUUGAAGACAGCAGCCUAUCAGCAGCCAAGAAAAGUGCAGAUAAAAGCGACAAAAAAAAGAAAAAUGCCCCAUGGUACACAAUGUGGAACACAUCUUAUAAAACGAAAAGUGAAGAUUUCAGGAAGAUUUUUAAGGAUGUCUAUAGAGAGGAUAGGCUCCUUGUGGAUUAUUCUUGUGCCUUGCAAAAAGAGAUCCUAGUGCAGGGCCGAAUGUACAUCACUCAGAACUGGGUCUGUUUUUACGCCAACAUCUUUACCUGGGAAACGCUGCUUGCCAUUCCAUGUAAAGAGAUCACCUCCGUCACCAAAGAGAAGACAGCCCGCGUGAUUCCCAACGCCAUCCAGAUCACGACGGACAGAGAGAAAUAUUUCUUCACCAGUCUGGCCAACAGAGACAAGACGUACAUGAUGCUGUUUAGGGUCUGGCAGAAUGCUCUACUAGGACAGCCAAUGACAGCUAAGGAGAUGUGGCAGUGGAUUCACUGUAACUAUGGGGAGGAGCUUUGUCUGGACUCAAGUGAUGAUGAUUAUGUAGCCCCACCCUCUUUUAUAGAUGAACCAAUCAGGGAUGACUACAUCACUCCCAGCAGACUCAAUCAAUUUGAUCGCAAUUUACAGAUAGAAAACGCAGACUCUGACAUCUUACCAUCUCCAGAGCUAAUGCAGGAUGACCUUGGCAUCAAUAUUGGGAAGGAGUAUGAGGUCAUUCCCUCAGCAGGACUUGAAGAGAAGCAGUGUGAGGAUGUGGCCACCGAUCAAAGUGAUACAACAGAAGACAGUGAAGAGGAAGUUACCCUCUGUUCUGAGCAUGCCCACUUUCAGAAGCCUAUGAUAGACGAGGUUUACAACAUUCCCGUGGAGAAGAUGUUCGAGAUGCUGUUCACAGAGUCGGAUUUCUACAGCGAGAUCCAAACAAGAAGGGGCUCAAAAGAUUUUACCUUCACCCCCUGGAAGGACAUGGGGCAUGGUAAGCAGACUCGUACGGUCAGCUACACCAUCCAACUAAACUACUCCAUAGGGCCCAAGUCUUCCCAGGCAGUGGAGCUACAGACCUGUCACAAGAACCCCACCCCCGGCACUUACUUCACUGUGGACACGGAGUGCUCCUGUAUGGGAAUACCUUACGGAAACACAUUCAUUGUUGUGAAUAAAUACUGUGUGUCCAAGGUCAGCCGAUACAAAUCUCGAAUCCAGAUUUCAUCAGAAGUACGCUACAAGAAGUCAGUGUGGGGAUUAGUCAAAAGUAUGAUAGAGAAAAACAGUGUACAGGGUUGUUUGGAUUAUUUCAAUACCCUAAGUGUUCACCUGAAGCAGGAAUCUGACAAGUUUGAAUCCAGCCAUCAACAGACUCAGGCCAGCGGUAAAAGGAAAAUACGAAAGAGGAGAGUUCGAACCCAGCACUCGGCGGUCCCAGAAAUCCACAAACUAAAACCCACCCGACACCUGUCCCUGAUUGACAAGCAGACCAGACAACCUGUCAAGUCCCCACUCAUCACACCAUCAACGCCUGUCAGAAGUGUCACAAUACAUAAAGAGGAUAUAUCCAAACUCAAUGCCGACACACUUGUUAGAGUCAUUCUUGUUGUGCUUGUCCUGCUGGUGAUCUUCAACGCUAUUCUGUUCUAUAAGCUCUGGUCCCUGGAGAGCUAUACCAAUGUACUCUACUUCCAAAAGCAGGACACAAUGGCUGAGGAACUCAAAAAUUAUCCUAAAUCACAAGAAGAAUGGACACAGCUCCUUCAACAGCAGAGGCAGCUGCAUGAGAGUGAAAUUGAUCGAUGGAAAGAAAUCAUUACAACCUCAAUAGAUCUUAUAGAUCAAGUAAAGAAUACUAUGGUAAAUGUGAAAACUAGUUUGGAAGGGAGACUCAAGAGUUCAGACAUUGUUACUGACAAAACAUCAUAACGAAGGUUUAGAACCAGUUGUGGACUGGUGGCUUCCCAGAAUGCCAAGCAAUGUGACUCAAAAGCAAGUAGCUGGCCUCUUGCGACAGGGCAGUGUGAAAGUUGUAUUUUAUUUAUUUUUUAUCUGUUUCAACAUUUUAUCGAAGAAUUUACCAAUUUUGACAAUUGAUUCAACACAUUUCUCCCCCCCCCCCC